AUGUUCAGAAAAACCGAUCUGUCAAUUUUUCUGAGAGAACGACAUCCACCUAAACUAAGUAUCUCGAAACAGUACGACGAGACGAAGCCUGUUCAGGCUGAAGAAACGUCUGUAAAAUCACGYCUGAGGGAACGAUUUCCAAGACUGUUUGGUAGUAAGAAGAAUAACAAGAUCAUCCCAGUCGUUAAGAUCGACGUAGAGGAGUAUGUACCCACGAGGUUGACGGAUAUCGAUACGACUGUGUUUGCGCAGGAGCUGACUAUGUUAGAGAAAGAGAUGUUUUGUAGUAUAGACCUGAAGGAGAUUAUCAACAGAAYAUGGAAAAAACAACAUCAGCCAUGUUUAUCGCCUAAUGUUACAAGGAUGACAGAUUUCCAUUCUCGACUGGCUGGUAUCAUAGCAACUGAAGUGGUAGAUCAGAAAGAGCCUGUUGCUAGGGCACAAAUCAUCGCUAAAGUCAUUGCGAUUGCYGACUGCUGUGCUAGUCUUUACAACUACCAGGCUGUCAAGACCCUACUUGGUGCUCUUCAAGCUUUUCCUGUUGCUAGGCUACUAAAAACAUGGAGAAAACUACCAAGAAAAAGCAAAAGCCUUCUUCGCAAGCUCAUCGUACUUUCAUCUGAAAGCCUACAUGCCUUGUAUUCACGACACAAGACAGCCUGUGAAAACAGUCCAAACUCACUGCAAUAUAUAGGUGACGUCAUGACUCAAAUAAACUACAUUGAAGACAUCGUUUACUCUGACGUCAAACAAACCAAAUCAACUCACMAUCAAAAACUACAUGAAUUACAAGACUUGCUCUCGAGUUACAAGAACGCUGCUCGCGGCUACUGCUUUGAACGACAUCCUGCGGUCGCUAAAUUUCUUACGAGUUCAGCGUCUGUGAAUUCUGUGAACGAGAAUCUCGAGAUGUCGAAAAAGAAAGAGCCAGACGCGGAAGAAAAAAAACUCUUUUACUAGUUUACUAGAAAUGUUUGUUUCGUGCAG